AUGGCAACUCUGCAAGCUCACAAUCUCAUCUUGUCAUCAUCAUCAUCAUCAGCAGCAGCAGCACCAAAGCAGCAUGGUUUGAGAUUCAAAGCUCGUCUACAAAACAGAAGCUUUGAUGUCCAAAAGCUUAAUAACAUGCUGAACGUGCAGGAGCUUAGAAUCAGAGAACGAAACUCAAACAUCAUCAUCAACAAGCCACAAACAAUUUCUGAUGAUAAAGAUGUAGACAUGUUACUAGUAUCUAAGCUCUAUGCAAUCGCUGAGGCGGCCGGAGACAGAGCGGAGAUGCACAAGAUCAUUGGAGAACAAAGGGAUAACUGGAACACACUCUUGCUUAACUCCAUCAACUCCAUCAACCUCAUUGCUUCAAUCAUGGCUGGUCUUUCUACCAUUUCCAUGGGUGAUCAAUCACCACAUUUUCUGGCAUUCAAGCUUUCUUCUGCUCUCUUAUUCACAGCAGCAACAGGCAUGAUGCUCAUUGUCAACAAGAUCCAACCAUCUCAGCUUGCUGAAGAGCAAAGGAAUGCAACCAGACUGUUCAAACAGCUAGAGAGGUCAAUCCAUACAUCUCUUGAUCAGCUCCAGAGUACUACUACUUCUACUCCUACUGAAUUGGAUGUGGAGGAAGCCAUGGAGAAGGUGUUGGCUCUGGAUAAGGCUUAUCCUCUUCCUUUGCUCCCCGGGAUGCUCGAGAAGUUCCCGAAGAACGUCGAGCCUACUGUAUGGUGGCCCAAGCUCCAAACAAAGAGGAGAUCAUCAUCAUCAGCACAAGAUGGAAAAAUAUGGAACAAGGAAUUUGAAGGGAAGAUGAGAGGGCUGCUCAAAGUACUGAAAGAGAAAGAUGAGGAACAGUAUGUUUGGCAUGGCAACCUGUUUGUGAAGAUCAACAAGUGUUUGGCCAUCUCAGGACCUUUGCUGGCAGGGUUAGGUGCAGUAGGUGCUGGUCUGAUUGGGACUCCUGCACUUGGGCAAUGGCCUGUGUUGUUUGGAGUGAUGGGUGGUGUUCUUGCAACCAUAAUCAACACUAUGGAGCAUGGUUUUCAGAUUGGCAUGUUGAUUGAGAUGUUUAGGAACUGCGCUGGAUUUUAUAGGAAGUUGGAAGAGGAGAUCAUUGAGUUCAAUUCGGAGGAGAGCUGUCAAGAGGACAUAGAGAUGUUUGACAUGAACAUGGCUUUGCAACUUGGAAGAAGAGUAUCAGAACUUGAGGACUUUGCUUCAUGUUCUUCUCCUUCAGUUAAUGCUAAUGAGUUUCAAGGAUUUGCUGGCAAGCUCUUCUAA